AUGUGGCUUGGAUUCCGCAUCAUCUCUCGGAAGAUCAACGGCAGCGGUCUUUUUGUGGAUGACUGGCUCAUUAUCAUUGCGUUGAUCUUCGAAUACGGUAUAUCGAUAGCCGGAGUUGUUUUACUCUACAAUGGACUCGGAACCCAUAUCGUCGAGAUCUCCCCCGAACAGCUCGUUAUCUACUUGAAGACACUGUUUACAGGCUCGAUCCUCUAUACCGGCUGCAUUGCAAGCAUCAAACUAUCCAUCCUGAUGCUUUACCGCAGACUGUUCCCUGCCAAGAGCAUGAAGUACGCCGUCAAUCUGCGGUAUUCUCGCGGGCUGCUUUAUUUGCAUCCCAACCGAGAAGCUGUGGCAUCCCAUGCUACCAGGUGGUUGCAUGAAUCGUCAAAAUUCUAUUACGGUCUUCAAGUCCCCAACAUCGCAACGGACGCAAUCAUCCUCCUGAUGCCUAUGCACAUUGUGUGGACUCUUCCCAUCUCCAAGGUCCAGAAGCUUGGUCUUUCCGGGAUUUUUAUUCUGGGAGUCUUAACUUUAAUAUUCGACAUCAUUCGUCUGGUCGUCCUGAUUCAGCUUUCCACCCAGGGUGAAGACAUUACCUAUAACCAAGUCCCAGCAAGCGUGUGGACUUGCAUCGAGCCCGCUGUCGGAAUAGUUGCCGCCUGUCUGUCAAAUAUGCGGCCUUUGUUCAAGGUCAUUCAUACCAAAGUCUGGUCUAGGCUUUCCAGCCGAUAUGCCACCCACACGAACAAUCCCAGCGAUUCACAGAUUAACGAGAAGGGUAUUUGGCCGCGACAGACACCUAGCCCGAGUAAUUCGCCCAGUCCUAGUGGUGAUUUCAACCAGUCGCCUACUCAUAAUCAGUCUGCUGUGUAA